AUGCAAAAGGGCCAAAGGGAAGCGACCGACGACGUCGUCAGGGUUCAGGGAUCGGAAGCCAGGUUGAGUUCAGAGACCUUCCGUGACUGCAACGCAUGCACAUUCUUCUCUCAGCUUCCUCGCUCCCUCACCCGUCGGUCUCUCCCUCUCCCUCUCGAUCCCCACGCGGACAGGACGGCGACGGCUGGCACGGCGGCUGCGGCCGGCUUCCUCCUCCUCCUCCUGCUCUCCCCCUCGCGUCGCGCCGUGCCGGCCGUGCCCGCGCCGCCGGCUCACGGCGCGAGGCGCUGCCGGGGCGCGACGGCGCCCCAAAGCUGCGGGGUGCGGCACCGCCCGUGGGCGCCGGUGGUGCCCGUCCGUGGCCACGGCGCGGCGCGAUUGGGCCCGUUGGUGGCCGCCGGCGUGGCUGCCCCCCGGCGAUGCCUCCUCCCUAUGCUCCGCAUGUGCUCAUGUGCUACCGGAAACCCUAGCUGCCUGUGCUGGACGUCGCGACCGCCCAGCGCCGACCCCACCCCCGGCGGUGGUGCCCUGCUCUCGCAUGGAGACGCUCGUCGGCGCCAGCAGCGAUGGCUGCGUGGACGACGAGGUUGUGCUAAAUCUCCUUUCUUUGGAAAGCAAUGGGGUUGCAGAGACAGUGACAUUGCGGUUGUGGACAGAUUUCAACAAGAGCACAACCGGUCCACCGAGCAACAAGAUGAUGAGCCUUAUCAAGGUUCAUGGGAGAUACUCUUUUUAGUUCCAGUAACUGAGCCUCCAUAUGUACAGCGCCGAUGCAGCCAGCUACCUUCGUAA